GUUUAGUUCCCUUUUCGAUGUAUCGUCCAGGGGUGUGUCAUUUUUGUCACUUGCCCGGGCACUUCAUUCGAGAAUGUCCAUUUCGUAAUUGCCCUAAUGGGGCUGAGAUGGUGGCCAAUCUGCAAGGUGCCAUGAACGGCGGUGCGCGAGGCGACGGGGGUGGUUUGUUGCCAGCACCAGCGGGAUCUUCCUCACAGGCGAUCGGCUCUUCCAGUGUCUCGACUGCUAUUGUACCAUAUCAGGUGCCGCACAGUAGAGGCGCGAACGAUGUUGGUGGCAACUUCGGAGAUUACGGCAAUCGCGGCAAUAACAAUGGCUAUCGAGGAUAUCAAGGGUAUGGUGGGCAACGAUACUCCAAGCCGUGGAACGGUGGGUAUAGGGAUCGUGACCGGGACGAGCGGUUUGACAAAAUCUACAGCCUACUAUCAGAGCAGGCCGAGGAACGAGAGAGGAAGAAGCAGGAGGCUGGCAAGUUAGAGUUAUUUGAAGCUGAGAAGAAAAGGUUGCAGGCCGAGGAGGAGAAGAACGCGCAGACCAGGAAAGAGAAGGAACUGCAUGAGGCGAGGUUAGGGAAAAUUGUACGAGGGAGUAUGAAGUCAGUUUGUGAGUCUGUCCUCGGGAAGAAGGUGGAUAUUCCCGAUGAGGAUGAGACGGAGAUCAGUAGGGUCAGACGGGAGUUAGAAGAGUUAAAAGCAAGGUGUGCGUGUGAGAAAGCCGAAUCAAGUUUGGAUGCGUUACGACGGGAGAAGGAGGCUCUUCAGAAGGGACAAUCCAUGAGUAGCGAGGAGGUGAAUCUCAGAAGGGAGGUCGAGAUGUUGAGGGCAAGGAACGACAAGAGCAGGCUAGCCGAUGUAAACUCGGACGGUUCCAGAUGUGAUGAAAUCGCGGCGCUCCGUCUUCAGAUUCUUGAGCUGGAAGGCGUCCGGACAGCGCUCCAGGAUCGUAGUAGUGAACUAAGCCACCUGAGGUCGGAGAACUCCGCGCUUAAGAAGGACUUUCUCGAUCUGAAAGGCGAGAUUGCCGAGCUAAAAAGCGCCAAUAACAAGCGAACGUCUGAUGUUGUUACUGAGAAGAGUCCGUCUGUAGGACCUGAUGCUGGCAAGCAGAAAAUGGUUCCGAUCGGUGAAGCCGUCUAUACACCUAAAGACUUGGAUGCUCUUCGUAAGGCAUUCAAAAAGGCGCAGGCGGGUGAGGAGAUGGCUAACAAGGAGGUGCAAGCUCUUAAGGAGCGAAUGGCACGGUUGGGUAACGAAGCAGCGGCAAUCGGCGAGAAGACCGGCCAUGAGGAAGACUACACCUCGCAACUUGAGGCCUACGCUCAGUGCUAUCAACGUCGAGGACGAGGGAUCUGAUAAGGAGGCUGAUCCAAUGGGGACGACCGAAGUUGCUGACCAACCGGAAAAGCUGGAGGAUAUUCAGCUGAAGAAGA